AUGCUAUCAUCCCGGCCUCUCACGGUCUCAUCUAAUCCUCGAUUCCGACAACAGCAAGACGACCAACCCCUCGAUCUCGUCAACCCCCAGGACUUCGACUUUGACUUGUUCACAUCGGAAGACAGCGCUCAGUCUCAGUCGCUCUACACACUCGCUCCCGACUUCGCCCUCCACUACAAAACUCCUGCGGCGGCCUCACCCACUGCCACCCCCCGGAGGCCUCGCACCACCAACUUCCUGGCGCUCCCCUCCUCGUCGACACCCGCCACGACAUUCGACGAAACCUCCCUCAGCAUCAACAACCCUCCUGAUCUGAUGCCGUCGGAAACAUCAUGGACCUUGGGCAACCAGUACACGUCCAGGCCCAUCGGCCGCCUCCCCCACCAGCGUGAAUCAUCGUUGUCUUCACUGGGCUCCGCCGGCCCUGCGUCCCCUUACAACCACAGCACGUCCAACCCGCAGAUCGCCAUUACCGACUCAGCAAAUGACCACUACAACGAUGCCCAGGCACAUGACGGAGGUGCUCAGUACUACCAGUUGAGCAAAGCCAUGAACGGUACUCAGGAAGGUGGCUUGUACUCCGGCUAUCAUGCCUUUGGCGGAAUGGACCACUCCGACAUGGGGUAUCCAGUCGCUAUUGCAAUGCAACGUCCGCGGACGGACAAGUCAUUACUUCCAGCGCCGGAAUUUCCCGUGCAUUCAAGGUCUCAUCCGACUUCUGUGGCAAGUUCAACGGCGGGCGGUGAUUCACCAGCUACACCCACGACCGGUGAACCUGACGACGACCGAAGACGACGAACUGGUAAGUGGUACAAGUGGCAACAGGGAGUGCACUCAAAUACUCACACGUCACCCGCAGUUCUCCCGGAACCGCCCAAACUAGACCGCACCAUGACGGACAUUUACAGCGAUGAACUCUACAGUCCCAGUUUCAACAUUGUAUCCGCGUCUUCGCCCCAGAGCCAGCUGGCCGUGUCACCCAACAACGAUAUAUUCACACAGCGGUUGCAGGCAGCCAACAGCCAACACCUGAAUGCCGUUCACUCUCCCACCUCAAUAGGAACACGGGACAGGUCACCCUUCCGUCACGGCUCCCCACUGGCUCCUGGCCCGGUCCAAGACUUCACGAACAACAUGCAGGCAUCACGACUCCGCUUCAACUCGGCACACAGCAUGCGCGAGCAAGACAACGCAGAUCGCCAAGCCCAAUUAGCCAGGCAACAGUUCGCGAUGAAAGCGGAGCCAGAUACGCCAAAGACUAUCUCGCCUAAGGAUGCUAUGCUAGAGUUUCAGGGAUGCGAUGCGGAUUCUAACUUCCCAUCUCUGUUUACUCAACCAAACCCUACGGACUUUGGGGUUUCACAGCUACCCUCCAAUGAUCAGGCAUCAAGUGAGCAAUUGACUGACUUCUCGAGACAUCUUGCUGCGAAUGGGCCUCCAGUUACAUUCCCCUACAUGGCGCAACGUUUACCCGCAAGCGUACAAAUUCCGCAGCACUAUCCGUUUAUCGCUCACGCUCAGCAACACCAGCAGGCAACAUCACAAGUCAGCCCUGCGGGAUCCAGCUCAAGUAGUUCAUCGGCCACGCCAGCGGCACUCUCGAAGCCUGCCGGUGCGGCUGCCGAUGGCGGAACAUACACUUGCACAUAUCACGGAUGUACUCUGCGCUUCGAGACACCCGUUUUGUUGCAAAAGCACAAGAGAGAGGGGCAUCGCCAGCCUCAUGGCUUGGGCAUGCCGCCGAAACACGUCGACACCAAAUCCGAGCCUGUGGAUGCUGCUGCCAAUCUUCUGAACAGUCAAGCUGGGCCGCAUCGCUGCGACAGGAUCAAUCCUAGCACCGGGAAAUCGUGCAACACCAUAUUCUCAAGACCAUACGACCUUACUCGGCACGAGGAUACUAUUCACAAUGCUCGGAAGCAGAAAGUGCGGUGCGAUCUCUGUAGCGAGGAAAAGACGUUCAGCCGGGCUGACGCCCUGACAAGACACUACAGGGUGUGUCACCCUGAUGUGGAACUCCCUGGCAAAUAUCGCAGACGUGGAAACCACAUUUGA